GUAUUGCUCAUGUGCUCUUGGGACCAGCCCUCAUUCUCCAGCUAAAGGCACCGGUGGACCCCGCAGCCCUGGUAUUCAAGUUACGUUCAGUUUGUCCACCUCAGUGUGGUGAGGCCAAGGAGCUGACCCUUCCGUGGAUGUUGGAUGUUGAAGCCCAGAUGCCCCCUUCGGGCGAAUGGAAAACGCCCCCCUUCGACCCGCGCUUCCCUAACCAGAACCAGACGCGUAACUGCUACCAGAAUUUUCUGGACUAUCACCGGUGCGUGAAGACCAUGAACCGCCGCGGGAAAAACACACAGCCCUGCGAGUACUAUUUCCGCGUGUUCCAUUCACUGUGUCCCAUAAGCUGGGUGCAGCGCUGGAAUGAGCAGAUCAAGCAGGGGACUUUCCCGGGCAAAAUCUGACUGUGCACUUGAGCGCUGCUCCCUUUGAGGCAUCAUCUCCCAGUAACCACUGUCCUCUCACCAAACCCCAUCUCCACUCUGUCUCUACGCCACAAAUAAAGUUAUGAUGCUGCUA